AUGCUUAGUUAUCGUUGGGCAGAAAAGACCAUUUGUAAAAAGAUUUUUCAACAACUGAUCAGUAAAGGUUUUCGUGUAUGGUUUGAUGAGAAAGACAUGCAUGGCCGUUCUUGUUCAGCGAUGGCGCAUGCGAUUGAAAACUCUCAAUGUAUAGUCAUAUGUAUGAGUGAAAAUUACGAGAAUAGUAAUGCCUGCCAUCACGAAGCAGAAUAUGCCUAUGUUCGCCAAUGUCGUAUGGUUCCAUUAGUUGUUCAAUCAAAAUAUAAAGCGAGAAAAUGGUUGGGUUUCAUCAUUGGAUCUCUCAUUUAUAUUGAUUUUACAAAACAUGUGUUCGACAAAGCAUUCAAUAUGUUAGAAGACGAAUUGAAGCCUGCUUGUCAAACUACGGAGUCAGCAACACCUGUACUUUCAAUAGAAAAAGUUGAAACUAAACAAGUGGUGACCACUGAAUACGCAAAUAAACAGAUCAAUCAAUGGACGUCGGAAGAUGUGGUCAGUUGGUGUCAUACACACCAUCUUUCAGCAUUCAGACAACUACUUGAACAUUAUGAUGGUGCAAGCCUAUUGCGAUUGUAUCAUAUAUCAAAAACAAAUGAUGAGAAGGAUACAUUUCGUCUAUUACAGGAUGAUUCUCAACGACUUGCUGGCAAUGGACAGUCGAAUUUGACUUUUACAGAAUUCAUUCGCUUUCAAACGGAAUUAGAGAGAAGAAUAAACAAUGAGCAAAGUCAUUUGGGAAAAAACAAUUCUACAAAAACGUGCGCGUUGCUCUAA